AUGGUUGAUCUUCCUAUUGAAACAAUAUUUGAGAUAUUAACGAGGGUGCCAGCGAAGGUCGUAGGACGUUCUAGGAGUGUUUGUAAGGAAUGGUAUGCGUUGCUGUCAACUCGAGAUUUCAUAAGGGUACAUUGUUCUCGCUCAUUAGUUUCAUCUAACCAGAGGGUUCUCUUAAUUGACGACCUAACAUGCUCUGUUCAUCCGAUCAUCUUUCAAUCCUAUGAUUAUGGGCCAAGGUCAAUAGUUACAUUACCAUUCGACCACCAAAAUAAUGAUGUGUCAAUACUUUCACAUUUGAAUGGAUUGUUGUGUGUUUGCUUGAAUCAUACAAACGAGUUGCUUCUUUGGAAUCCAACAACUACUGCUUUCAAGCGUUUGUCAACACCUGAUUCUCUUGGAAUCUAUAUAAAUAAUCUUGAUGCCGUUGGUUUGUAUGCUGAUGAUGCCGAUGAUUACAAGGUCUUGCAUAUCAAGCGUAGGUGUGGUGUAUAUGAAAGCUAUGUUUAUUCUAGGGAAUUAAACUUUUGGAGAAAUAUUCCUUUCUUAACAAAACAAGAGUACCUUAGCCCCAAUUUCUAUUGGUCACCAGGCACAUUUUGUGGUGGUACUUUGUAUUUCACUCUUUGCGAAUGUUGGGUUGGAGGUACAAAUGUGGUGAUUUGUUUUGAUAUUAAUUCAGAGCAGUUCAAGGAGAUAAGCUUUCCACCUGUUCCAUCUACGGGAUUUGUUCAAGGUGUUUUAGUGAAUGUAAAAAAUGAGCUUCACAUGUUUGCUACGACUGGCUGGUUUGAGAUAACAAUUGACCUGUGGACGCUAAAAGAGGAUUACUGGAUUAAGGUCUUAUCGUGUCCUCCGAUCCCCCCAAUAUCAUUGUCAUUGUGGGGCGAUAUAACACAUUACGUGACGAAUGGUAAUUGGUUUGUGAUGACUAAAUUAGGGAAGCUUUUUACUAUUGAAAUGGAUACGAAGCCCUUCGAAAUUCUUUAUCCAGUUACUUGGUUUCGUGGUUAUAAGGGUGCGGUGUUUGUGGAGACCGUUGUUUCACCAAGUAUUUAG